UUUGGCCCUGCGGAGCCGCCGUCUGCGUGAGCGACGCCAGUGCCGGGCAGGGCGGAAGUGAAGGGUGCGGCAAGAUGGAGGGGACGCUGGAGCAGCACCUGGAGGACACCAUGAAGAGCCCGGCCGUGGUGGGCGUCCUGUGCACGGACUCGCAGGGGCUCAACCUGGGCUGCAGAGGAACCCUCUCGGAUGAGCACGCCGGGGUCAUCUCUGUGCUCGCCCAGCAGGCAGCCAAGCUCACGUCUGACCCCACCGACACCCCCGUGGUGUGCCUGGAGUCCGACAGUGGGAACAUCAUGAUCCAGAAGCACGACAGCAUCACCGUAGCAGUCCAUAAGCUGGCGUCGUGACCACCAGGAACCCAUGCAGCGCUUCAGUCCCAGCCCUGGCCCAGCUCCUCCUCACCGGACAACCUCCCUCCUCUGCUGCUCUAACCCACAACACACCUGCAGUACCGACCCUGGGCUGAAGGUUCCCUUCUCCACUUCACCAGCUCCUACUGGGGUCUCUAACUCAUGCUUUUAGCACUUGUGCUGCUGAGGAUGAAACGGGGUCACUCACCAAGCUUGUGUAAUGAUCAGAUCCUACAGGGUGUAUUUGUGUGCGUGGCCUUCGUUGUUGGAGGAAUCAAUAAAUGACCUGCAAAAACA